AUGGUGUUCUCUGUCUUCUCUGCAGCCCUGGGAUUCAUGAACAACUCAAUGAAAAGCACUGUGACUGAGUUUGUCCUCCUAGGCUUCCCUGGUGGCCAGGAGAUUCAAAUGCUCCUCUUCUCGCUGUUUCUUGGGGUCUAUAUAUUUACCACGAUGGGAAAUGGCGCCAUUAUCUUUGCUGUAAGGUGGGACCAACGGCUCCACACCCCAAUGUAUGUUCUACUGGGGAACUUUGCUUUCCUUGAAAUAUGGUACAUUACCUCCACUGUGCCUUGUAUGCUGGUCAAUUUCCUCUCAGAGACAAAAACCAUCUCCUUUGUUGACUGUUUUCUCCAAUUCUAUUUCUUUUCUUCCCUUGGUACAACUGAAGCAUAUUUCCUCUGCAUCAUGGCAUAUGACCGGUACCUUGCCAUCUGCCGCCCAUUGCACUACCCAACCAUUAUGACCCUACAACUCUGCUAUAUAAUGAUAUUUCUUUGUUGGGUGUUUGGGUUCCUUAGUUACUCAGUCUCCACAGUGCAACUCUCCCAAUUGUCUUUCUGUGGGCCCAAUGUCAUUGAUCACUUUAUAUGUGACAUGGACCCACUGAUGUCUCUGUCCUGUGCUCCAGCUCCUAUCACUGAGUUAGUUUUCUAUAUCCUGAGCUCCUUCAUCAUCAUACUCACUCUUCUGUACAUCCUUGGCUCCUAUACCCUUUUACUGAUCGUUGUAUUAAAAGUUCCUUCAGCAGCUGGCCGGCGAAAAGCCUUUUCCACCUGUGGAUCACAUCUGACAGUGGUGUGCUUAUUCUUUGGAGCCCUCUUGGCAAUGUAUGUGAGCCCCACAUCUGAAAACCCAGCUGAAAUUCAGAAGGUUAUGACUUUGUUCUACUCCAUGGUCACUCCCUUCUUAAACCCUCUGAUUUAUAGCUUACGAAACAAGGAAAUGAAAACUGCAUUGAAGAAAGUCUUGAGAAUAGAAUGA